UAAAGGAGUGCAAAGAAUAAUAAAAAAAAGAAGGUGCGAAGAAGGUGAAGGAGAAUUUCGGGUGGAAGUAUUUUUCGAAAGAAUCACCCUUUAUCUGGAUAUGCUUGUUUAGUUGGGCCUCAAGUUAGAGCCCAAGAAAACAUCCAUCUUCCACCAAACGACAUCGUUUUAGUAGCUCUGAGGUUCUUUUCAAGUUCGAGCAUCAACCUGAAAGGAAAACACCUUUGUGACUGCGUCUUUUCUCCAAACACCGCGCCUUCACUGACGACGGCUCUGUAGCCGCCUGAGCCACCGCAUUCACCGUCAUCCACCGCUUUUGUUCAAAUUCCUCUCACCUCUUCCUUCCGUUCACUACCCAUUGCACCUGAAAGCACGAGGCUUGCUCGCAACACAUUCGUAUACCUCCUCCGUUUACUUAACGAAGGGUUUGAACCUUCGGAAUCAUAAGCGCACUGCGGGUGAAUUCCUUUUUCCGUGUGUCCCGUUGAAGUUACGUUUGUUCGGUGGUUUUUUCGAAUUCUCUGAACUCAUGGCCGCAUGGUCUUCUAGAAAGUUACUGAGAGACGUUCUUCUCAAAAGGGUAGUCUCGAAUCAACUUCCUGGCGUCAGAUGUUUUUCUUCUGCGCCAAAAAGUGCUCCUAAGAUCGGUCACUAUUCCAAGAAAGGAAGGUUGUUGACAGGAGCCACCAUAGGUCUACUUAUAGCUGGUGGAGCUUAUGUGAGUACUGUGGAUGAAGCUACUUUCUGUGGAUGGUUAUUCUCGGCAACAAAACUUGUGAAUCCCUUUUUUGCUUUGUUGGACCCUGAGUUUGCACACAACUUGGGUGUCUCGGCUGCAGCUCGUGGUUGGGUUCCAAGGGAGAAGAGGCCCGACCCAUCACUCUUAGGGCUAGAAGUUUGGGGAAGAAAAUUCUCCAACCCAGUAGGCCUUGCUGCAGGCUUUGAUAAAAAUGCUGAGGCUGUAGAUGGUUUACUUGCUUUGGGCUUUGGCUUUGUGGAGGUAGGCUCUGUUACUCCUGUCCCCCAGGAUGGCAAUCCAAAACCUCGUAUCUUCAGGUUGCGAAAAGAAGGUGCUGUAAUAAAUAGAUGUGGCUUUAAUAGUGAGGGAAUUGUUGCUGUUGCAAAGCGACUAGGUGCUCAGCACGGCAAGAGGAAACUUGAUGAAACUUCAAGCGCUUCACCUUCUUCCAAUAAUGAGGUCAAACAUGGUGGAAAAGCUGGCCCUGGCAUUCUUGGUGUCAAUCUUGGAAAGAACAAGACAAGUGAAGAUGCUGCAGCAGAUUAUGUUCAAGGAGUUCAUACAUUGUCCCAAUAUGCUGAUUACCUGGUGAUUAAUGUUUCAUCACCCAAUACCCCUGGUUUGCGCAUGCUUCAAGGAAGAAAGCAAUUGAAGGAUCUAGUGAAGAAGGUUCAAGCUGCUCGUGAUGAAAUGCAAUGGGGUGAGGAGGGCCCACCUCCAUUGCUGGUAAAAAUAGCUCCAGAUUUGUCAAAAGAAGACCUUGAAGAUAUUGCUGCAGUCGCCUUGGCUCUUCACUUGGAUGGACUGAUUAUAUCGAACACAACCAUUUCAAGACCAGAUCCUACCAGUAAAAAUCCAUUGGCUUCAGAAACUGGUGGCUUGAGUGGGAAGCCUCUCUUCAAUCUCUCCACCAACAUCUUGAAGGAGAUGUAUAUCUUGACAAGGGGCAGGAUUCCUUUGAUUGGCUGUGGGGGCAUUAGCAGUGGGGAAGAUGCAUAUAAGAAAAUACGAGCUGGAGCAACUCUAGUUCAGCUCUAUACCGCAUUCGCUUAUGGGGGACCUGCACUUAUUCCUCAGAUAAAGGCUGAAUUAGCUGCAUGCCUGGAAAGAGAUGGUUUCAAAUCCAUUGUUGAUGCAGUUGGUGCAGAUUGUAGAUGACUUUGGUCCAAAUCAGAAUCCCGUGCUGUAAGAACCAUAAUCUUAUUUUAGGAGUAGUAAUGUUCCGGUUUUGGCAAUACUGAAAUUGCAAAAUCAUUAUUUUAAGCUUGCUUUAAUUUAUACCAGAUUUUAUCUUAUUGUUUAUUUUAUUUGGGUUUCGCCACGUGUUCUGAAUUGUAAAAGCAAGCCAAGGACUGCUGAGGCAACUCAAGCAGUGUUUAUUUUGAGCAAUUGUUUGAACAAUAAAUCGCGGCAUCAUAGAGAAAUACUUGUGUUGGUUAAACCCAUCAAUAAUCAAGCGGUUUUAUCGCAUGACAGUUUUAUGUGAUUAUUUAAUAUACAAUGAUAAGGUAUUGAUUGUUGUU